GAGAGUAGAGAGAGAGACCAAGGUGGGUCAGAAACACACGUCGUGUUCAGGCAAAAUCCAUGUGCCCACAUGGAUGAUUGUGAAGGGGAAACGCAGUAGUAAUGCGUUGGGGACACCAUUAUAACAAUAGUCAUCGUCUUCGUUUUGAGCCACUACCAAGGGAAGGAGAAGAAGACGAAGAGUGAGCGUGUGUGUGUGAGAGAGAGAGGGAGGGAGGGAGGAGAGAGGGAGAAGUACAACACAAGUGUUUUCAGAGCUUUGUAUUGUAAAACCCAGAACCCAAAACUCAAGCUGGAGGCUUUUUCACUGUGACUUAGUAGUUUUUCUCACUUGGGUGCUAACUGGGGUUUACUUGUUUUCUGAAAAAGUAAUCGGAAAAUGAAGGAGAAAAGCGAAAGUGGAGGUGGGUAUGUGAGAGCGGAUCAGAUAGAUCUGAAAAGCUUGGAUGAACAACUUCAGAGGCAUCUGAGCAGAGCAUGGACUAUGGAAAAGAACAAGAAGAAAGAAGAGGAAGAAGAGCUAGCGAGGACUACUGCCACCUCCAGGCAAGAAUGGGAGAUUGACCCUGCGAAACUCAUCAUCAAGAGCAUACUCGCUCGUGGAACUUUCGGAACUGUUCACCGGGGACUUUAUGACGGCCAAGACGUUGCCGUUAAACUUCUUGAUUGGGGGGAAGAGGGCCAUAGAUCAGAGGCUGAAAUAGCUUCUCUAAGAGCUGCUUUCACUCAGGAAGUUGCCGUAUGGCAUAAACUUGACCACCCUAAUGUUACCAAGUUCAUAGGGGCGACAAUUGGCUCGUCAGACUUACAAAUACAAACUGAUAAUGGUCAAAUUGGUAUGCCUAGUAACAUUGGUUGUGUGGUUGUCGAAUACUGUCCGGGAGGGGCUCUGAAAUCUUACCUCAUAAAGAACCGGAGAAAGAAGCUGGCUUUCAAAGUAGUUGUGCAGCUUGCACUAGAUCUUGCAAGAGGGCUGAGCUAUCUUCAUUCGAAGAAGAUUGUACAUAGAGAUGUUAAAACGGAAAAUAUGCUUCUGGACAAGACCCGUACGCUUAAAAUAGCUGAUUUUGGUGUUGCUCGUAUCGAGGCUUCUAAUCCCAACGACAUGACUGGCGAGACUGGAACUCUUGGUUAUAUGGCCCCUGAGGUUCUUAAUGGUAACCCAUACAACAGAAAAUGUGAUGUGUACAGUUUUGGAAUCUGCUUGUGGGAGAUAUACUGCUGUGACAUGCCGUAUCCCGACCUUAGUUUCUCGGAAGUGACUUCCGCCGUUGUCCGCCAGAAUCUAAGGCCUGAAAUACCAAGAUGUUGCCCGAGCUCCCUUGCGAACGUGAUGAAGCGGUGCUGGGAUGCAAAUCCUGACAAGCGGCCGGAGAUGGAUGAAGUGGUGUCGCUGAUGGAGGCGAUCGACACAACAAAGGGAGGAGGAAUGAUUCCUCAUGAUCAGCCUCAGGGUUGUCUGUGUUUCCGCAGGUACAGAGGGCCUUAAUGAAAGUAGUGUUUGAUGAAAAUGUGAGAGAGAAAGAGAGAGAGUGAGGACAAUAGGUGACAACACAGUGAACCAAGAAAUGAAAUUCAAUUUGUACUUUAUUCAAUUCAAACAGAUUGGUAAUUGUUAUAAUUAUCAAGUCAAGGAAAUACAAAAAAAUCUAUGGAGGCCAUAAUUGUCUUA